AUGCAGUAUGAUGAGCCUAGCUCGAGCAGGCCGCUAGCUCAGCCCGCGCCACGCACAGCGACGAGCACUCAACCCGCUGUCGCCGCCGCCGCUGCUGCUGUUCCCGCUGCUGCCCCGAGGGUCCAGGUCAAGAAGGAACCGCCCGCCGAAGAUCGCAUUGGACGCAUCCAGGCCGCGGGCACGAGCAGGCGGACGGUGUGCGACCACUGCCGCAAGAGGAGGAUCAGAUGCGAUGGGCAGUUCCCCUGCCAGCAAUGUGCCGGCGCGGCCCUGACUUGCAAGAGGGACCAUGUCCCCAAGAAGAGGGGCCCCAAGAGGGGCCACGGCCGUGUCAUCAAUGAGCUGAGGGCUCAGGAGAUGAAAGGUCCUCGAGGUUUGGAGAGUGCCAGCGGCUCAGAUGUCGACACAGACCAAUUCAACUCGGCGCCGACGUCUGCAGCACCCUCACCGCCCGCCCAGCCCUUCAUUCCCUGGGCGACGGUGACUCCAGACCCACGACACGUACCGGAGCCGAAGAGUGCUUUCACGAGCGAUGCAUAUCAGCCCAGAACCCGGGACUACCUCUACCUAAUCCCGCGCUGUGUCGAGCUGUACUACGAGCAUAUAUAUCCCAUAAUGCCGCUCUUAUACAUGCCCACGAUACGAAACACCAUCACACGGCCUAUGGUCCCCUCGGAGAAAAAUCUCAUUUACGCGCUCAGCGCUCUCACCGCGUUUCACAUGGCCGGGAAGUCACUGUCGGCAGCAGCACAGCCGUGUUGGGACGAGGUGGGGCGUUUCUUUCUUGACGAAUGCAUCUCAAUCCGGCAGAGAUACGACUUCCUUGAGGAUACAUCUCUCUACGCCGUCAUAUCAUCCUUCUGGCUUAGCACCAGCUUCUUCGAGAUUAACCAGAGCCGCAAGUCUUGGUUUUAUCUGCGCGAGGCGCUGACUCUAGCCAUUGACCUCCGGCUUCACGAUGACGCGGCUAACUUCGGCCUACCACCGGAAGAAGUCCUAUGCCGACAGCGGGUUUUCUGGAUCUUAUUUGUGACGGAACGCAGUUUUGCGAUUCUGAGGAACAAGCCCCUUACUUUCCGGAAGACUCCCUCACUGCCGACGACGAUGCAUAGUUAUGAGUCACCUGAAAUACAUAUCGGGUUUCGCCAAUUAGUCAGCAGCUACUACCCUCUCGAUGAAUCUUUUGUGGCAGCCUGGAAUGACGGGAGCGAUCCGCGCAUCUCGAAGACGACCUACAUGAACUUGCAGGAAGUGCUAGCACAACCUCUGGAGUUUCUGAGACCAAAGAGGAAGAGCCCCAGUCCCCCUGUCGCGCUUCUUUCUAGCAGCGCAUCGUCAUCCGAGGAAGAUCCUGAUGAGCCGGACCCGACGGCGAUUCAGAAAGCAGAUUUGUUGAUUACCCAGCAAUGGCUACGCCUCAUUGUUUGGCAGUCCUCCUUCCGGCAGGGUCUCUUGUCUACAGCCUCGUCCGACGAAAGCUUCUCUUUCUCGUUCCCACUGUCAAUAGCCCGUGACACGGCAGCAAUCUUGCAAUCUAUCCCUAGCCGGGCAGUCGAAGUCCACGGGAUGGGCAUAUUCGAGAAGAUCUUUGAGAUUGGCACGUGGAGUGUAAAUGUCAUGGGCGCAUACGACUCAGGAACUACGAAUCCUAGUCGACCUUUCGGAGGAGCCAUGGAUGGAGUCGGUGGAAUGGAUUUUGUUGGUGGCGAACUCUCUCUGUUUGGACGAUCCGGACGAAGCGGUGCAGUACUCGAUCCUCUGGAGUUUUUCAUCAAGACCUUGAGCGCCAGUCCCAACAGCCAGACCAUGUAUGCCGAUAAGUUACUCCUAUUCGCCGAGCAGACGCCGGGUAGACUCAGAACCAACCUCAGUCCUGUGUUGCCUAGCUUCGGUCGACCUUCAAGGCAGCAAUCCUGGGGAAGCACCAGCAGCGGCGUUGUGGGGGAAGUGCCCGAUGAGAACGGGUCAGAUGAGAUCUUGGGGUCGAUGGAUCUUGGUACUGAUCAACUAAUGAAUAAUGGGAUCGGUUUUCCUGCGAGUUCGGCUCGCGGGUCCGUGUUGGGAAGUUUCGACACGACGAGUAGUGAUCUUGGAUUAAGCAUCGUGACUACACGGAGUUCAGGGUACAGCAUUCCGGAUGGGCCGAUGUCUGCAGGCCUGUCGACAGCAUUUUCGGACCUUAGCACGGGAGGCGACGAGUACGGGUUUGGCAGUGCAUUUACGAGCGACAUGACGGGUAUUGAAUCUUCAAGGGCAAAUUCGGUGUUUAUGACCGGUAUGGCUGCGCCAUGGGAACAUGCAACGGACCAAGGACGGAAAAGGGGCGGACAGGCCAACGGCAACGGCAGCACGGAAAGGAUUAUGGGUGUUUGGUGA